AUGACGAAUAUCCACCCCGAGUCGCCCGAGGACUUCGAGUUCAUCGAGACUCCGGCUGCCUCGUGCACCACUCCCGCCGACAACUGCGGAGUGCGGACUACCUCGUACCCAGCCAUCAAAAAUGCUCCGGUCCCAGCAGACGCUGCCGGCAGCGACAGCUUCUCCAACACCCUGCUCAUCCUUCUGCUGGUCGUCAUUCCAUGGUAUACUGCUAGCCAGAUCGGCGGAGGCUUCAAAACCACCAUCUUCUUCGCGAUCUUCACUACUAUUCCUAUCUUGAUGGCAUUCUGGUCUAUUGCCUCGUCCAUCUCUCCCCGCAAGAACGAAAAAGCCAAGUACGCCGGCCGCCCCGUUGAGCACUACCUACACUUUCAUAGUGAGCAUGACCGCGCUACCUACCGCGGAAAGAGCAAGAUUCCCAUGGAGGUCUUCUAUGAGAAGUACUUCGCCGGUGAGGUCGACUUCAAGAUGGAUGCUCUGGAAGCUUUGGAAUUCCGUCACGACUGGGCCAACUUCCGCUUCACAAUGGGUCUCUACAAGCACUUCCUCUUCGGCUUUCUUCCGGAGUUGCUCGUUCACUCUCGCUCUCAGGAUGAGGAACAGGUCCGUGACCACUAUGACCGCGGUGACGACUUCUACGCUUGGUUCCUGGGACCCCGCAUGAUCUACACAUCUGGUAUCAUUUCCGACGUUAACAAAGAGGAAUCUCUCGAGCAGCUUCAGGAUAACAAGCUUGCUGUGGUCUGUGAGAAGAUUGGUCUGCAAAAGGGAGACACCUUGCUUGACUUGGGUUGUGGUUGGGGUACCCUGGCCAAGUACGCUUCCGUCCACUAUGGCGCCCAAGUUACUGGUAUCACGCUCGGACGCAACCAAACUGCUUGGGGUAACAAGGGUCUCAGUGCUGCUGGUGUUGACGAAUCUCAGAGCCGUAUCUUAUGCAUGGACUACCGUGAUGCCCCUCGCGGUCCUUACAAAAAGAUCACUUGCUUGGAGAUGGCGGAACAUGUCGGCGUGCGCCAUUUUGGUUCAUUCUUGGCUCAGGUCAACGAGAUGCUGGAUGAUGAUGGAGUUUUCUUCCUCCAGAUUGCCGGUCUCCGCAAGUCCUGGCAGUACGAGGAUCUCAUCUGGGGUCUCUUUAUGAACAAGUAUAUCUUCCCUGGUGCCGACGCUAGCACUCCCCUCGGAUUCGUGGUCGACAAGCUUGAGGGCGCUGGAUUCGAGAUUAAGGGAAUCGACACAGUUGGAGUCCAUUACAGCGCCACGCUCUGGCGCUGGUACCGAAACUGGCUGGGUAACGGUGACAAGGUCAAGGCUAAGUACGGCAAGCGCUGGUACCGCAUCUGGGAAUACUUCCUUGCGUACUCCACCAUUACCUCGCGCCAGGGCGGGGCUACCUGCUGGCAGAUUACACUGGUCAAGAACAUCAACUCUACCCACCGUGUUGAGGGUAUCAAGAGCCAGUACGGCCUUACCGGCGCUCGUGACGCCGCCAUUGUCAACGUCGGCAACGGCUCCGUGCCCAGCGCUCAUGUUACCUUCAAGGCUUAA